GGUCACACGACUUGGCUUCAAGCUUCAAAACAGGGGAGAGCACUCCACGCAUGUAUCGGAUUGUCCAACAAACAGACCACUCUUUCUAGCUCACCAUAACCAGUUUCUACGUUGUGUUUGUCGCCAUGAUUCAACCCGUGAAUGGGACACGUGUGAGAUGUAAGUGUUUUUUCUGUGUGAUUCUGUUUUUGGGUGUCGCCCUCUACGUUUUCUGGCAGAGGACUUUACACCACCCGACGGCCUCGCACCGGAGCGAUUCGCUUCGCUUGACUUCAACUUCUAAGGGACGCGCGAAGAACACGAGUGUAGUGAACCCGCACCCUUACACGUUCGUCAUCAACAAACCAAAGCUGUGCGAAACUCCCGGAGAAGUCCUUGUGCUCGUUUGCGUUUUUACCGCAUCUACACAUUUUGAGCGACGAAUUGCCAUCCGUGCCACCUGGGGAAAGGCGAGCUUAGAACGGGGCUUCAAAGUCGCCUUUUUUGUUGGACUUCCAAAAUACAAGUCCGUCCAGUCACUUAUCGAAGCUGAAAACGCCAUCUACGAGGACAUCAUCCAAGAGAACUUCGCGGACACGUACCACAACGUCACCCUUAAGGCCAUCAUGGUUGUUCGUUGGAUGGCCGAGUAUUGUUCCAAAGCCAAGUUUGUGCUCAAGAUAGACGAUGACAUGAUGUUGAAUGCCUCGGACUUGUGGGAAGAAGUGACGACCUCGUUACGAAAUAUCACAAUGACAGCUUGGGGCCUUCUCGAGCAAAACCAAAAGCCGUACCGCAAUCCUUUGAGCAAGUGGUACAUUUCUCCCAGUACGUAUAAGAGCGAAGUUAUGCCAGACUUCUUAGUUGGGCCAGCGUACAUGUUCACUGGAGACUGUGUCCCUUUGCUGUAUAAUCUCAGUUUUACAGUACCUCCCAUUUGGCUCGAAGACGUCUAUAUAACAGGGAUGGUAGCAAAGAAGGCCGGCGUACGUUUGGUAUACCACGUUGGUUUCUCUCACAAAUACUCACCCUUUAAACCGUGCAGUAGACGUCGACAGAUAACUAGCCAUUACCAGACGGCGACGUCCAUGUUGGAGUUCUGGAAGCAAAUGCCUGUGAGCCAGCCGGGCUUUCGUUGCAACAUCACUACGAAUGGUACGGUGACGACACUAAGCUAAUGCACUUAAUAAAAGAA